AUGUUGAGGAGCAAACCCUACCAAUGUCAGCGAUGUCCACGGGCAUUUGCUCGUCUCGAGCAUCUCCAACGUCAUGAUCGCUCACACACCAAAGAGAAGCCAUUUACCUGUGUCCAGUGCCCCAAGGCCUUUACACGCAAAGACUUGUUGGCCCGCCAUGAGCGUCUUUCCCACGCGGAGGGCACUCCAAGUCGGGGUCAAGCAACGCCUUCCCCCGCGCAUCCUAUCCUAGACGGGUUGGAUACCUUGGCGUCUGUUGUCACCGACCAUGCGCAAUCGCGCCGUUCAAUAGGAUCGAAUGAUCAGUUCUCUGGCCUGUCACCAGCUGUACACCGCACCCCCCUCAUGGGUGCACAGUUGGCCAGCGACCCUCCAACUGCAGGCCCUACCCCAAUUACAGGUCCGGACUUUGGUUAUCUUGGUGGCUUUGCGCCUGGGCACUAUGAAGGAAAUGACUUUACGUCCUUUUUGGAUAGUGUACCCCUGCCCAGUCAUCCGUUCUCGCCAGCUUACCAACCUCUCCCCUUGUUUCCCCCGCUGCAAUUUUCUCCUGUUCCGGAUUAUGAUCAGUCUUCAGAUAGAGCGCCCUUGACGGCGACUACUCCGUCCACUCCUUCUAGCUCAGUAUUGCCUCGUCAUGGGGCUCAAUUGCCUUCUCUUCAGCCGGAAGGGUAUCAAACUACCCCCAAGGCCCGUCAGCCGACCGGUUUCGUACCGGUUACAGCGCAAUGUCGGGAGAAGUUCUUGAGUCUGUUAUCUAAUUUUGCUAAUGUUGUCCCGGAUCCAUCUCUUCCAUCCCGACAUGCAUUGUCUCGGUGCUUGACUGGGUAUCUCACCGGAUUUCACGAUCACUAUCCAAUCGUGCAUAUCCCAACCCUCGAUGUGGAGUCGAUGACCUUGCCGCUAUUUCUCUCAAUGGCGGCAUUGGGUGCGCGGUAUUGUCGCGAGCCAGAAACUAGCAUGCGUCUCUACCAGAUCGCGAAACCAGUGACAUUGGAACAUGUCCGACGGGUCUUCCAAUGUGGCAAAUUGCCUCCGGUCAAUGUGGCCGAUGACAUCGAUACACUGGAAACAUUACAGGCGCUGUUGUAUUUAACCUCAGUAUCGGCAUGGUUCAUUAACAACCCUCCUUACCAUGAGGCAUUAUCGAUUCGCAGUCUAAUGGAGAUGCUCCUUCGAAAUGGAGGACUUAACCGGCUCCCUGAGCAUGAUGGAACAUGGCACAGCUGGAUCCGACGGGAAUCUGUGAAACGAACGAGACUAAUUGUGUUUUGUUUCUUUAACAUCCACACUAUCGUCUUUGAUGUUCCGCCCGUGCUUCUUACCGAAGAAGUCACAAUCGAGCUGCCCUGUACUGAACAAGAAUGGCAAGCUCCUCACGCAGACCUCUGGCACCAAGAGCGCAUGAAGAGUCCCGGCGAACCGAAGUUCCAGAAUGCCCUCUCCGCCCUCUUUGGCAUUGAACAAAACAGCGACGUGGAGCGAUUUUCUUCGCUGGGGGGCUACGUGCUCAUCCACGCCAUCCUGCAAGACAUCUGGCUCAUGACAAAAGCCGGCCGUCUCCCCGUCUCGCGACGAAAUCGCUUCAAUCCUUCUUGCAUCUCGUCAACCCCCGAACUUGUUUCUGUUGAGCAAGCUUUGGAACGCUGGUGCCAAUGCUGGGAACGCAAUCAAGAAUCUUCAAUUGACCCACUCAGCCCACACGGCCCUCUGUCCUUCACCUCAGCAGCGCUCCUCCGACUAGCAUACAUCCGCCUCAACGCCGACUGCGGCUCAACUCGCCAACUGCAGACUUGGGACCCUGUACAGAUCGCAACCAGUCUCCGCGAAAACCUCUCCGUCCGCCGUGGCGACCGUCUCACACGUGCGGCACUACACUGCGCCCAUGCCCUCAGCACACCCGUCAAGCUAGGCAUCGGCUUCGUGGCCCACUCACAGGUCGCAUUGUGGUCAAAUCAACACGCACUAUGCUCCCUUGAAUGUGCUGUCCUCCUGGCCAAGUGGCUUGAAGCGGUCACAGUUCCGCAUCCAGAACCAGCAUUGACAGAGCAAGAAACCAGACUGAGGGAUUUCGUGCUGGAGAUGGUGAUGGAGGUGCAGCAUGGCGUAUCUCGGGAAUGGUUGCUUGCUACAAAUACCCGGCUCAGUGCGGCUGUUACCCGGUUGUGGGCACGGCUAUUUACGGCAGAUUAUAUUUGGGAGAUGGUUGCUUUGAUUGGGAGAUCUUUGAAUAGUUAUGCGGAUUUGCUGGAGCAGUAG